CGCCCGCAGAUGGAUCUGGAGACACUCGCACGAUUCGAGAAGGACAUGAAGCGGACCGACACCGGGUUCCUGGCGAUAGCAACAGAGGUGGAGAAUGACGGAGGGAAAGCCUCGGAAACUCCAGAAAAAAUCAAGGAAUUACUGAAGGAGUUCCAAGAUAUUCUUCCGGACGAUCUUCCGAACGAGCUACCGCCAUACCGAACGCAUCAACACGAGAUCGUGGAGGAACCGGGUUCGAAGCCGACCUUCCGAGCACCAUAUCGGCUCAGCCCUACGGAGCUGACUGACAUGAAAAAACAGAUCGAGUAUCUCCUAGCCAAAGGACUCAUCCGGCCAUCCACUUCGCCGUACGGUGCCCCAGUACUCUUCACACCGAAACCGGACGGAAGCCUGCGCAUGUGCAUCGACUACCGAGCUCUUAACAAGCAGACCAUCAAGAAUAAGUAUCCGAUACCGCGAAUCGAUGACCUGCUUGACCAGCUUCGGGGAGCUACGGUAUUUUCCAAACUGAAUCUGCGGUCCGGAUACUGGCAGAUACGGAUGGCGGACAACUCUAUCCACAAAACUGCUUUUCGAACUCGUUACGGAUCGUACGAGUAUUUGGUCAUGCUGUUCGGACUCACCAACGCGCCGGCAAUGUUCCAAGCCGAAAUGAACCACAUUCUACGACCACUUCUGGACGAAUGCGUGGUGGUGUACCUGGACGACAUACUCAUCUACUCGCGCGGCAUGAAGCAGCACGUCGAACACCUGCGACGCGUCUUCGAAAUUCUUCGACGGGAACGUUUCUACGUCAAACUGUCCAAGAGCGAAUUCGCCCUGGAGAAGGUCCAAUUUCUAGGACACAUGGCGAGCGCUCAAGGAGUUCACGUCGACCCCAAGAAAAUCGAGGCCGUACGCACGCGGAAGACACCCGAGAACGUGAAGGAGUUGCAGCAGUUCCUAGGUUUCGCUAAUUACUACAACAGGUUCGUGCCACAGUAUGCGAAAAUCGCAGCACCACUCACGAAUCUGCUGAAGAAGAACACGCCCUACAAAUGGGAACCAAAGCACCAGGAAGCCGUGGAGCAGCUGAAACAAGCACUUACGUCCGCACCGGUACUCAUCCUGCCAGAUCCCAAACGCGACUACGUAAUCGAAGCUGACGCCAACGACCAGGCAGUGGGAGCAGUCUUGAUGCAAGAUCAAGGGAAUGGAGUGCAACCAAUUGCCUACCUCAGCAAGAAACUGCACGGGGCAGAACUCAACUACCCGAUACACGACAAAGAGGCACUUGCUAUCAUCAUCGCCUUCAAAGCGUGGAGAUGCUAUCUCGAAGGACGAAGAACAACCGUCUACACCGACCACUGCAGCCUGAAAUAUUUGAAGACACAACCCAACCUUUCCAGGCGGCAGGUCCGGUGGAUCGACUUCCUCGAGACACACUUCCACUACGACAUCGUGUACAAGCCCGGCCACAAGAACAAAGCAGACGCUCUCAGCCGGCCUGCACACGUUGCCGCUAUUCAGGUCGAAGGGAUGAAUCCACUACUCAAGGGACUCUUCACCCACGGGUACGCCAUCGACCCCGAAAUUCCCUUGGCAGAAAAGCGACAUCUGCUACAGUGGGAUAGUGACAUCGCGUACCGGAAAGGGUCAACGAAAAUCUGGGUACCCAGAUACUACUCAGUAGUAAUCGCGUACCCUCCUUUGCGCCAGUUACUACUCGAAAAAUACCACGACGUCCUGUACGCCGGACACUUCGGUAGCAACAAGACGCUCACCGGUAUCGCCAAACACUACUACUGGCCCCAUCUGGCAGACGACGUCCAGAAAUUCGUCACCUCGUGUGAUACAUGUCAGCGGAUGAAGAGCAGCAAGCAGAAAAAGGCGGGACUACUGCAGCCUCUUCCUGUCCCAGAACAACCAUGGCAAGUGGUUAGCCUGGACUUCAUCACCGGGUUACCACCUACCUCCAGCGGUCAUGACGCCAUCUUUGUCGUCAUUGACAAGUUCUCCAAAAUGGGACACUUCAUCCCGACACACACGACGGCACGCACCGAGGAGACAGCACAGCUCUUCGUUCGUCACAUCAUCUCACUGCAUGGCAUCCCAACCACACUCAUUUCCGACCGAGACCCUAAGUUCACCAGCAAGUUCUGGAAGGAACUUAUGUCUCUCCUCGGGACCAAACUCGCCAUGUCAUCCGCUUACCAUCCGCAGAUAGACGGACAGACCGAGCGCCUUAACCAAAUUGUUGAGCAACUCCUCCGAGCAGCCUGCAAGGACGACAUCUCCAAAUGGGACUUGCACCUGCCCGUACUAGAGUUUGCUUACAACAAUGCUACACAUGCCGCUACUGGACAGACGCCGUUCUUCCUCUGCUACGGACGCCACCCACUCACACCACAAAAACCGACAGCAUCAGCUACAGUCCAACCAGCACAUGACUUCAUCAUAACCAUGCAUCAACUUUGGGAUCGGACCCAUAAGCGCCUCCUUGACAUUCAACAGCAACAGAAGCGCCAGGCCGAUCGCCAUCGCAACGACCACACCAUUUCCGUGGGAGACCAGGUGCUCCUCGACACCCGCAACCUGGACAUCAGCCAUCUCCCAUCUAAACUUCGACCUUGCUUCUGCGGGCCUUUUCUCGUUGAAGCACAGGUCACUCCUGUUACCUUCCGCUUACGCCUGCCAGCUACCUGGAAGAUUCACAACGCCUUCCACGUCCAACUUCUGAAGCCCUAUCGGGACCCGAACACAAUUUUCGUCGGACGCCAACCGCCGCCGCCACCGCCCGUCCUCGUCCAGAAUGAACCCGAGUACGAGGUCGAGUCUGUGCUCGCACACCGCCGUCGUCGGAAUGGCACCGUGGAGCUUCUCAUUCGUUGGAAGGGUUAUGAUCCUUCUGAGGACAGCUGGGUACCUGAGUCCGACAUGGGUAACGCCCGUCGUCCUCUGCAUGACUACCUUGUCAAGCAGGGUGUUACUUCUACCACCCAGCUUUGAGGGGGGGAAGUGUGAGAUUGUUGGCCUACUAGCAGUUGCAAACCAGCAGAGCUCCAGGGAGGAGUCCAACUCAGAAAUGGCUGCUCACGAAUUUGUCUUCAGCUGCGUGAUUCGGAGAGGUACCCUACGACGGUAAUCUAUAUCGACAGUCAGAGCCAGUGCUGACCUGGCCCUUAUGUUUGCAGAGGAUGUUCCUCUUCUCUCACGCCAGUCGGCGUCCGCAAAUCCGCAAUUGGAGAUGAUUAACUUGCCCACCACGACUUUCACUCGCAGAACGAAGAAGAAGUUUAAGAAACGUAAUGGAAAUGCUCCUUCUUUUGCAAUUACAUGAUGAAUUCGUGAAAUGUCGUGACAUUCCCUCUCGUUCUUACAGGUGAAUUGAAGUCCUCAAGGUUCCUUUUGGACUUGGUUGAGGACCAAGAGAAUUUCGAAUUGAACGUACCAGAAAGCAUUCCGUUGGAUAAGUCUCUGGGAAAGAGCAGGUUAACUUCAUGCAAGAGGAAGCGAGACUCGCUGACAGCCGUGGAUGGAAAUAAAGCUCAGCGUGUCGGAGACCGUAGUUCGUUGUGCUCGUCAGUCUUUUCGCCGAUCCAGAAUUUUCUCCAGUCACUCAUUGCUCACUGAAUGGUUCACGUUCGUGGAUGGCACGAGUUGCCAAGCUGCGUGUGGUUCAUUGGCGUUCAAGGCUCAGCAGGCUGCUGUGCUUCGUGGUCGGCGGUUUACGUUUAUUCGAUUGUUUGAUAGCAUCUGUUGUGAGAUUACCAACUUUGUACAAAUGACUUUCGGCGGCAGAUAAUCACGAAUAGAGACCUUGACGUAAGAGAUUAAACCUCCCAUUGUCAG